AUGGGACAUGUAACGUUCUCCGACGGUGUUGCCAUUGUCAUGCUCGUCUUCUACACAAUUUGCCUUCCAUUCGCGGUGAAAGUCUGUCUGCGACAUGGACUAGCCAGGAGCUCUGGAUGGAUUUUCCUUGCCAUUUUCUCCAUCAUUCGAAUAGUUAGCUGCAGCGCACAAUUGGCGACCAUUACCCAGGGCCCUGUCGGGACUCCCGCGACCAUUGCAGCAGUGACAAGCGCGUUGGGUGUCUCGCCGCUCCUGCUGGCAUCGCUCGGAUUGAUCUCAAGAAUAUGCUUCUCAAUGCUCAAAUCUCCUUGGAACACGAUCUUCUCGUUCUAUAUCCUCAGAAUUAUCCAGACACCGUGCGCAAUCGGCCUAAUCCUCUGCAUCGUUGCAGCCACAAACGCGUCCAGUGCGGCGGACAUCUAUCAGCAGGACCUACUCCGCGCAGGCGUGAUUCUAUUUUUCGUCGUUCUGGUGGCCUUAUCACUGUUGUAUGUGGCAGCAGCCAUCGGAUAUCAGAAGACUGGACGAGGCGAGCGGCAGCUUGUCAUCGGACUGGGUGCUUCGCUGCCUUUCCUGCUUGUUCGGAUAAUCUUUUCACUGGUGGAGUGCUUUGGCAGCCAUGCACCGGGAAGUAUACUCGCAUCGAAUCCCAGCGGAGAGUUUCUGCAGCUAUUUCUUGCCAACCUUGAGGAGAUGGGGGUCACUUUGAUUUAUAUACUCACUGGCAUGGCCAUGCGCUCUGUCCCUGAGGAGCUUGACCGGGUGGAGCAUACUCCUACCGCAAGUCGACGACUGAACUACCGGUCUCGGAGAGGAGAUUUUGGUGGUGGAAGGCUUGGUAAGGCGUCUUUGUUGGUUGAGCUUGCUUCUGCUGCGUUCCAGGGAGCAAGGAAGAACAGUCAUUCAUCGGAUGCCGUAUAA